UCCACCUAUCCAGUGCUGAUCUAGAUGGGAACACACAGUAGGAAGUAUUACAACAGUCACUUCGGGUAAACAAGAUGUCUUUCCUCCCUUAUUUCUCUGUCGAGACGUGGACUUUGAUUGCUAUAUUUGUGGUUCUCGUCGUCUUGUAUGGCUAUGCACCUUAUGGAUUCUUCAAGAAAAUCGGCAUCCGUGGACCAAAGCCUUUACCCUUCAUUGGAACAUUUCUGGAGUAUACAAGGGGAAUCCAUGUGUUUGAUACAGAAUGCUACCAGAAGUAUGGCAGCAUAUGGGGGUUCUACGAUGGAAGACAGCCAGUAAUGGGUGUCAUGGACCCUGCCAUGAUCAAAGCCAUCCUGGUGAAGGAAUGUUACUCUAUCUUUACCAAUAGAAGGGACAUUGGACUGAACGGGCCACUGAAAGAUGCAGUGUCAGUUGUUGAGGACGAUGAAUGGAAGAGGAUUCGCAGUGUUCUCUCACCCUCGUUUACCAGUGGACGCCUCAAAGAGAUGUUCAUCAUAAUGAAGCAACAUUCUGGCAACCUGAUAAAGAGUCUAGAGAAGAAGGUGGAUGCUGGAGAGGUCCUUGAAGUUAAAGAAAUUUUUGGACCUUACAGUAUGGAUGUUGUCACCAGCACUGCUUUCAGUGUGGACAUUGAUUCCAUCAACAAUGCCAGUGAUCCCUUUGUCACUAACAUAAAGCAAAUGGUCAAAUUCAAUUUCUUGAACCCACUCCUGGUACUUGUUGUAUUAUUUCCAUUUCUAGGGUCGAUCUUUGACAAGUUUGACAUUUCCUUCUUCCCUGCUAGUAUCAUUGACUUCUUCUACAAUUUCUUGAAGCAGAUUAAAGCAGAACGAAGCAAGAACGUCCACAAUAGUCGUGUGGACUUCAUGCAGCUCAUGGUGGACUCCCAGAUACCAGAUCAGACCACAGCAGAUCACAACUCACAGAAAGGGCUGACAGACCAUGAGAUCCUAUCUCAGGCUAUGAUCUUCAUCUUUGCGGGUUACGAGACCAGCAGCAGUACUCUGUGCUUCCUAGCCUACAACCUGGCAAUCAACCCUGACAUCCAGACUGCCUUGCAGGAGGAAAUUGAUCAGACCUUCCCCAACAAGGCUGAGUUGACCUAUGAGAGCAUCAUGCAGAUGGAGUAUCUAGAUAUGGUGCUUAACGAGUCCCAGCGCCUCUUUCCCAUUGCCAACCGGGUGGAGCGAAUGGCGAAGAAGACGGUGGAGCUGAAUGGUGUGACCAUCCCCAAAGGAACCGCCAUCAUGAUCCCAGUCUACACUCUCCACCGUGACCCUGCACUCUGGCCAGACCCUGAGGUCUUCAAACCUGAGAGGUUCAGUAAGGAGAACAAAGACGACUUUGAUCCAUACACCUAUCUGCCUUUUGGAGCUGGUCCCAGGAACUGCAUUGGCAUGAGAUUUGCUUUGUUAUUGAUGAAGCUGGCAGUUGUGGAGAUCCUCAGAGACUUCACCUUUGUCACCUGCAAAGAAACUGAGGUGCCUCUUGAACUGGGAAAUGAGGGUUUCCUUUCCCCCAAGAACCCCAUUAGGCUGCAACUUGUUCCUCGUGUCUGAGUUCUCCUGACAAAUCAAGUGGAACAUAAUCACAAUCACUUCAUCAUUUACUUUUUGGAUUAUGUUAAUACAAUUUAAUUAAAUAAUAACUGUACAUGCAUACAUAAAAACAAUGUUGUGACAGUAAAUAUUUCUAAUCAAGCAUUAUGAUUUUAUAUACACUACAAACACGUUUUAACACAAGGCUUACACAUACUGUACAACACGAAGAUUUGAUUGGACCCAAUUUUCAGCCAAAGAACCA